AUGGCUUCCACUGAAAAACCUGCUGCCAUUAUACAGAAGGCCAGGAGGAAGCUGGCCGAAGCUCUCCUCCAAAUAGAGCCAGGGGUGAUCCUGGACGUGGUGGACACCCACCUGCUCCUCAGCCAGGGCGAGUACUUCUCCUUGAGCCGCAUGAAGGAUCCACAGGGGUUGAUACAAGACCUGAUCGACACGGUGCUGAGAAAGGGAGAGGCUGCCCACGAACAGUUCCUCGACUGCCUGGAAAACAUGAGGCAUGCCUUUCCCAGCUUGCGCCCAAUUUCCGAAUACUUGGAGUCUGAUAUUGUAAGUCCCACAAAUAAACUUCACAGCUCAAGCCGUACUGUGUUCUUGGGGAAAGGAGGUAACGCUGAGAAUACGGCUCAGGACCUGGAUUCUGGCGCACCCUUCAGGGUUCCCCAAGAAAGAAACAUGGAUGAGAAUCCGGAUCCUUCUGUCUCCUCAGAGGCAGGAAGGGAUUUUGAGAAGCCAGGUCCUGUAGAUCUCAGGAGGGAAACUGAAAGCCAAAGUACUGCGGUGUUGCUGAUGAGUGGGGCUGAGAAGUUGGGUCCAGCCAUGAUCCCGAAGGGGGAUGAAGUUGAAAGUCCGAAUCCUUCUGUGUCCUCAGAGGCGGGAAAGGAAGCUGAGAAGCCAGACGCUGUUCCAGGGCCUUCAGGAACGGAAAGCGAAGCUGAGAACCCAGAUGUUGUUCUCUCCUCCACCCAGGGGGAUGCAGGGAAGAAUCAGGAUGCCACUGAAGAUGCAAAUGGGAUGGAGAAACCAGAGUUUCUGUACAAGAGCCUGGAUGACAAGCAAGCUGCUCAAGUCUGCAACAAAAACCUGAAGUCCACCAAGAAGCACAUCAAGAGGAGGAACGCCCUAUCAAAGAGUUUCUCUUGCAUCGGGCAGUGGGAGGCAGGUCUGGGAGGAGAUCAUGGCUACCAGUGGCACCUGUCACUGGCUCCUUGCGGCAACCCCCAAAACUCCAGUGAAACUCCGGAUUUCUUAAAAGACUUGGCUCCAGUGCUUAAACUCAGCAAGUCACAUAUACUAUUAAAAGCAGCCAAGACUAAUACAGUAAAAAUUGUAGAACAACUACGAUCUACCAUUCGAAGUAUAAUCAGUGCUGAUCCCAAGAGGGUGACUAUCGAUGACAUGGCUGCGGUGGCUCGAGAGCUUUCAAUCCACGUAGAUGAAGACCGCCAAGAAUGUCAGGAUGCUCACAGAUGUACGUUAGAAAUCACAGAAGAUGUAAAGGAUGUAGCACUGUACAAGAAAGAAGUGCUGAAACUCCAGGGUGAUCUCUGGAAAAACCUGGCAAAAGUGGAGAAAGAACUGUGCAGGAUGGAAAGACAAGGGGACACACCUUCAGAAAAGUACAGAUCUGAAUUGAAAGGCAAAUUGAUGCUUCUGCGUCAACAGCAAAAUGAGUGUGAUCUCACUGUUGGUUUGAUAAAUUUCAUCUGUGGCAUCAAAGAUUCAGAUUCAGCAAGAAAGCACUACUUCUUAAAAUGGAUGAAGUUCAACCUGGAUUACAUUGCUAGGGCAAAUCUCUCCAAAUUACGGGCUGAGUAUAAAGAGAACUGCAAGCUGUUAGGAGAUGAUGCUCAGAAGGUGGCAGAGGUAGACCAGCUGAUCUCUUCUUCCUCCUUGGGAGUUGAGCAUUUCAUGAGAGAGCUGGGUCAGUUUUAUGAAGCAGAAUGUUUGAUGGACAGAGAAGGCAAAUUAUCUAAAAACGGAAGGCAGUUUGCCCAUUUCCCCAGCAUUGCUGCUGAGCUGAUGCUGGAAGGGUUUCCUCUAGAGCUGAUUGAUGGAGAUGCUUCCAACAUCCCCCUGCAGUGGAUAACGGAUGUUUUGACUCAACUCAAUUACAAACUGAGAAAUCAAUCCAAGAUGUUUGUGAUAACUGUGCUGGGGGUGCAGAGCACUGGGAAGUCCACCCUUCUUAACACCAUGUUUGGGCUGCAAUUGGCUGUGAGCAGUGGCCGAUGUACACGAGGGGCCUUCAUGACUCUUCUUAAGGUCCAGGAGAACCUGAUCCAGGAGCUGGGCUGUGAUUUCAUCCUGGUGAUUGACACUGAGGGCUUGAAAGCUCCUGAACUGUCCAAACUGGAAGACAGCUAUCAACACGACAACGAGCUGGCCACUCUGGUGAUUGGGCUCAGCGAUGUGACAAUUGUGAACAUGGCCAUGGAGAAUGCCACCGAAAUGAAGGACAUCCUGCAGAUUGUGACUCAUGCCUUCCUGCGGAUGGAGAGAAUUGGGCAAAAACCCAACUGCCAGUUUGUGCAUCAGAACGUCAGUGAUGUUUCUGCACAUGACCAAAAUAUGAAUAUGAGGCACAGGAAACACCUCUUGGAACAACUGAACGAAAUGACCCAGGCUGCAGCAAAAAUGGAAAAGCUCAACAGGGAUAUCAAGUUUUCAGACAUCAUGGAUUAUGACCCAGAAAUACACAACUGGUACAUUCCAGGCCUGUGGCACGGAGUCCCAGCUAUGGCUUCAGUCAACCGGGGCUACAGUGAAAAGGUCUUUGAGUUAAAGAAGUACCUGUUUGAAUUCUUAAGGGACCAUUCAGUUAAAAGGACUCCCAAAGACAUCCCUCAAUUUAUUGAGUGGAUUAAGAGUCUAUGGAAUGCUGUGAAAUAUGAGAACUUCAUCUUCAGCUUCCGAAACAGCCUCAUAGCGGAAGCUUAUAACCAGCUGUCUGCAAAAUACUCUGAAUGGGACUGGGGCUUCCGCAGGGAUAUGCACCUCUGGGUGUCUGAGCAGGAAACUCUGAUACUGAAUGUUUCCCCUGAUGAGCUUGGCUCCUUGAACUGGCGGCAUGAGCUUCAACAGAAGUUGUUAAGUGGGGAGCAACAGAUGUUGGAGAGUCUGGACAAAUAUUUUCAAACUGGUACAGGAAGGGUGCAUCUGGUAGAAAAGUACAGAGAAGAUUUUGUGAGGAGCACCAACAGCCUCAAGUGCGAACUUGAAAGUCAUUCUUACAAUAAAUGUAACAAUGCCAUUCACAUUAAAAAGGGACGGUACAAGAUAGAUACUCUUCAAAUGGAAUACUUGAAAGUAAUUGAAGGAAAAAUUGAUAGGCUUCUUGAAAAAUGCAGGAAAGAAGAGUGCAGGCUUGAUGACCAAGAGCUGAGAAGAGAGUUUGAAAGAAUGUGGACAGAAACAUUGUCAGAAAUAUCCCUUGGUCCCCUAGAGAGACAGCAAAUCUAUUCAGAUAUUGAAUUGUGUUUGAGGAAGGACUUGUCCUAUCGUGGAAGUGCAAUCAACCAAAAAGUACAAGCAGCAAAAAAUUUGUCAAGCUACAGGAUAAACACAUUUCAGAUGAAAUUAGAGUAUAUAAAUCCAUCAUUCUGGGACCAUGUGAAGAGCGUGUUUUCUAAACAGGAUCAUUUCUGUAAAGCUGAAGAACUUGCUAAGUCACUGAUGUCUAAAUGCUUGCAGAACAUUAAUGAAAAGGCCAAUUCCAGAGGAGAUUAUCACGAAACCUACUGUGAAGAACUUUUGCAUAUCAUCAAUCAAACGCUUCAGGAUGAGGUUCAAAAGCUUCAUACAUCACCUUCCUUUGAAGUGGACCUGAAGUUUCACAUUUUGGGAGAAGCAGCUCAUGUAUUUCAGAAGAUGCAUGAAGAUUUCAUUAAGGAUAAUGAUCCCUGGGUACGCUUGGAGAAACUGAAAACUCAGUAUUUCUCCAGUUUCACAGAUCUUUAUCUGGAAAAAGAUGCCCAUCAAACCAGGGCUAAGAAUUUCUGUGACCAGUGUCUCCAUCCUGCCCUGCUGGACUAUGUCAACAGAAAAUUUGGGAUUGCAAUAAUGGACGACAUUCACAAUGGCAUGCAGUCCAUGGGAUAUGCCAGUCGGAGCUUCUUCCAGUUUACAGUGCUGAAGGAGCUGUUGGAAGAGAGGAAUGCCAGCAGUUAUGUCUAUUAUAUCAGAUCCUAUGAAGAAUUUGUGAAGAGCUGGAUCAUGAGAAAAAUACUAGAGCACUAUGCCGACAAGCAGUCUCUGAUGAAUCUGGAGAAAGACAUUCUCUCUGCAAUAGUAAAGAAAACUAUGGAAAUGCUAGAGAACCUGAAGCAUAAAGGUGUUCAAAUGAUAUCAGAAUUUUUGGAAAUGUUUUGCAAGGAAAUGCAGAAGGAGCUGGUUAUUUCUAAGGACAGCCUGCUGGGAAUACAAUUUAAGAACAUGUCUGAUCCAAGCCAGUUUGUUGUUUGCGUUGAAAAUUUCCUUCCUGGUUUGCAAACGAGGAUAUUAUCUGAGUUGGAUGCCCUGGAUCUUCAAUCCAAACUCUCCAAAUUGCCUGUGAAGCCCCAGGAUGAGAUCUUCAAGCGAGUGUUUGGCUGUGGGAAGCAGUGCCCCUUCUGCAAAACGCCCUGUGAGGCCGGAGGGAGUGCCCACAAGGAGCAUUUUUCAGCUGUCCAUCGGCCCCAAGGACUGGGAAGAUUUAGAUGGGAGAAAACAGAAAAGCUUAUUUACGAUUUGUGUUCCACUCUUGUGGUUUCUCACUACAGUUUCAAAAAUGAAGAAACCAAAUGGAAAUGGCAUCCAUACAAAGACUACCGGGUCUAUUAUCCAGAUUGGUGCAUCCAACCGGAUCCCAGUAUCAAUGCUUCUGAUUACUGGAAGUUUGUUUUUAAAGAGUUCAAUCAUGAAUUUGCACAUCAGUACGGAGCCAAGCCAGCAGACCUGCCAGAGGACUGGAAAAAUAUAACACAGAAACAGGCACUGCAGUCCUUAAAAGUAACCUACAAUAGGAAGUAA